AUGCUGACCACCGCAUGUUACGGCAAUAUCAUUUGCCGUCUUUGUUUUGAACUCAAAAUUCAGGAACCCGAACUUGAAAUGCUUAUCAAAGAGAUCCCGUGUAUUUUUUCCGAGGUCUUUAAAAGAGGUCACCAUCCUCGCUUCUAUUAUGAAAGUCGCGCCCCGUUUAUUAUUCGGUUUGGUCCAAUAUUCAGUAUCCUCAAGUUCAAACCCAAGUACCAAAAGUCAUUGAAGAGGAGACGACACAUUCACAACAUGGUUGAUUUGGCCAAAGAAGAAGUGCUAAUUUUCUUCCAUAAGAAGUCCGGAAGAACAAGUGGGCUGCAACAAGAAAGAAAUUGUUUCGAUCACUCACAGCUUCAGAAAAUAUAG